AACCAUAGUGGUACAUAGGAUAUGUCUACUUAUUCGAUAUGUCUUGCUCACUUAUUUAAGGUAAGUCUAUUCAAUUAUGAAGUAACAAGAGCUUUUUACCAAUAACUACAAAAUAACACUACUAUUUACCAAUAGCAAAGUCUAAAACUAAUAUCUCAUGCAGUCAAUUAUUGAAACAGGUUGUCAACCCAUCUUAAAGAAAAACACUCAAAUAUUACAAAAAUUACCAAACAUGUCACUCUCCCAAAAUCAGAAAGAUUCCAAAAAAAAUCCAGAUCCCCAAAUCGAAAUGGUUCCAAAAUCAAAACUGUCCCAAAAUCCAGAUCCCCCCUAAAUUGAAGCAGCCGGCGAAGCGAGGGUGCCAACCAGCAGCGAACCAAGAACACGACCCCAGCGGCAAACUUUGUGCGCGACCUUAACGGCUAACCAAGCGCGAGACCCAGGUGGAGAAAUGAAGCCUUUGACUGCCGAGGAAUUGGAGCAGUACGAGUCCGUUUCGAAGUCCUCCGACUCUGACUCCGACGACGGCCUCGAAGAUGAGAAAGAGGAAAGCGACGAAGACGAGGAUGACGACGACGACGAUGAGGAUGAAGAUGACGAGGACGAUGUCCAGGAGGUCGUGCAGUCCUUCGGUGGCCCUCCGGUUCAGUCAAUAAACGAUGAGGACGACGAAGAAGACGAGGAAGACACUGAAGGAGGCGAUGACGACAACGACAACGACAACGGCGAGGGAGAUGACGACGACGACGAGGGCGAGGAUGAGGAUGGAGCUAAUGAAAGCAAUGCUGAAGUGAGCAAAUGCAAGAAGGCCAGGCUAGUAUACUACUGGAGGCCAGUACACUACUGCGGAUCAGUACACUACUGAGGGUCAGUAUACUACUGGGGCUAGUAUACUGCUGGGGGUGACAUACUACUAAUCCUCAGUACACUACUGCUUGUAUGCGGAAGCAGCAAAGCCAGAGAUAAAUGAUAGUGUCCAAGUUUCAUAUUGUAAUAUAUACAAAUAGU